AUGGCAAUAGUCGACCCCUUCAAAGAACAUAUCUAUCAGCCAGUCCAUCACGAAGAUUCAGACCUUGAAUCUCCAACCAGCUCAGAGUUCAUUGAACAUAAGCCGCACCGAAAGUCAUAUAUUAGCCUCGUCUGGCCAUGGAUAGCUUCUACCAUUACUUUCGCCCUGAUUUCUGCGUACCUACUAUUCCAACAACAAAUCAAUGGCUGGUCCACCUGUGUGACCGCAUCGCCGGCCUUCCGAACCGAUUUUAAAGAUUCUCACCCAUAUAUUUCAUACGAGGAACGUGUUUACACUGGAAGAUUCUGGUACAAUGAGACGAUAGGCAAGGUCUAUAGAGACGUUGACCCUUCCGAGCCUCAAUAUUUCGGGCUUCCCAGCCCUGAAAUCGAUGCCGCCUGGGAUGAUCUCCUUCGAGGUGAAUUUGUCGAUAUGACCGAGGAAGAAGCGGCACCAUUCGACGCAGACCUCAACACUGAUCCCACCAAGCACCAUUACCACAUGGAACCAGACAUGUUCCACUCCCUCCACUGCCUAAAUGCAAUCCGAAUGAAGCUCGACUCGGACUAUUAUUCACAGCAUAUGGGACACCACCAAACAUUCAACCAACGUAUUCAAGAAUCUCCUCAUUUCCCAGAUGACUGGAGUCGUAUUCAUAUGGACCAUUGCCUUGAUCAACUCCGGCAGUCUAUUCAAUGCCAAGGAGAUAUGUCGCCGGUGCCUCUCUAUUUCUUCGGCGGGGAUCAUAUUGGCCUUGGGGUUGGGCAGACUCAUACGUGUCGCAAGUGGGGGCCUAUGAGGAAAUGGAUGGAUGUUCGUAAGGAGCGUGAUGAUGAGCGUGGGGGUAAGGAGGUGCAUACAAAUGAUGAUCAACACUCUCAUGAGAUGCAUUCAUGA